AUGGAUAAGCAAAAUCACAAUAUAAACAUUCCCGGCGACACGCCAACGAGUGAGUACACCGUCCCUGAGACGAAUUUCGAAGUUUCUGAUCUCUUCGAACUCGAUGACUGGAUUGAUGAAGAUCCAGCGUUUGUUGAGUCGGGUGAACCUCAGAAUCCAGGUUAUGCAGCAAAUGAAGUUUUUAUGUCCAGUGGAAGCAGUAGUGUCUAUCAUGAAGGAGAUAGUACCACAGGUGGAGGGAGUCGCAGAGAGAAGAAAGAAUUGAAUGAGUUAGAGAAGGUUGCUUUCAAAACAAAGUCAGAGAUUGAGAUACUGGAUGAUGGCUUCAAAUGGAGGAAGUAUGGGAAAAAAAUGGUGAAAAACAGCCCAAAUCCAAGGAACUAUUACAAGUGUUCAGUUGAAGGCUGCAGUGUAAAGAAGAGAGUCGAAAGAGACAGAGAGGAUCCGAGGUAUGUAGUAACAACGUAUGAGGGCAUCCACAACCACCAAGGUCCGCAGCUCUAA